AUCUUUGUAUUAGUAUUGUGGAAGAUAGGUUGCGUGCACAUUGAGUGUAGUCUCACUUGUAACCAUAUAACCCGCGUGUCUUGCUUUUUGAGAACAUGACAAUUUCAAAUAUUUAUCAAUGAAGGAAGAUCAUAAUGUCUUCUGAUUUGCGAUUUCUCGCGUCAACUGUAUUAUUUACAGUUUUUUUUACAUUUAUAAGCGGCAGAACGUGGGAUAUGGCGAUAGCAGUUGGUGACGGAAUUGAUUUUCUAACUAAAAAUGGGACUUUAAUUGGAGAAAUAAAAAUUCCUGAAGUUAAAAGUUUAAAGGGAGUUGCCUAUGAUGAUAUCACUCAUACACUAUUUUUCAGUGAUAAUCAAAAUAAUAAUGGUUCUAUAUUCAGAAUAAAUACUCUAGAUAAAAACAUCAAACCAGAAUGUUUAUUUAAGGCUACCAAUGGAACUUACGUUGUAGGUUUAACUUUUGAUUCUAUAUCUCGUACACUUUUUUGGCUUGACGCCGUAAAACAAAUUAUAAUGAAAAUGCAUAUUCCUUUGAUUAAACCCCCUGGAAAUAGAGAAAACGUUGUUGACCUUAGAGGAAAUAGGCCACGAACCAUCGCUAUUGAUUCCUGUAAUAGAUAUCUUUAUUGGGGGAAUACGAAUACAAAAAGCAUAGAACGAUCAAAUUUCGAUGGUAGUAAUAAAACGACAAUAAUUAAAGAAAAUCUUUAUGAGCCAGUAGCAGUAACUGUAGAUCACACAAGUGGAAAAUUGUAUUGGAUUGAUGAUGAGGAGGGUAUUCAUUAUAAAAUUGAAAGAAGUGAUCUUGAUGGAUUGAAUCGUGAAUUAAUUUUUCAUGGUGAACAUCAGCAGCCUGUUCAUAUUUCAGUUGAUUUUAAUAGAAUUUACUGGAUAGAUUGGGUUUACAAUGCAGCCUGGAUGAUAAAUAAAAAUAAAAAGUCUGGAAACAUCCCAAUAAAAUUUAAAUCUUACCAUGAAUCAUCUAAGGAUGUUUAUGCAGUUAGCGUCAUAACUCGUGAUAAUAGUGGAAUAAUUAAUUGCAGCGUUUUUGCUGAAAAAAAAUCACAAUUUCCCAUAGCAAAUGUAACUUCCCUUACAUCAUUUAAUAAUCUUACUGCCAGCAUAGAGGAAAAUGACUUAAAUCGAAUUAAUAUUAUACACUGCCUUAAUAAUGGACUGUACAAUGAAAUAGAGAAAUCUUGUUACUGUAAACCAGGAUUUAAGGGUACAACUUGUGAAACUUCUGUAUGCCAUAAUUACUGUCUCAAAGGAAUUUGCACAAUUAGUUCCAAAGGUCUACCUACAUGUCAGUGCCAUAGUACAUUUAAUGGCUUAAGAUGUGAACGAAAUGUCUGCUACAAUUAUUGUCUGAAUGAUGGAGAAUGUACAAUAAAAGAUGGAAUGCCAAUCUGUGAUUGUAAAACCUUCAAGGGCAGUCGAUGCGAGUUAGAAAAUUUUAAAAAUUAUUCAUCCAGCCAAAGGAUUAUAGAACCUAAUGUAAAUAACAUAGAAUUUAAUACUUUUAAAUGUUUGGGCACAAACCUUACUUAUGAAGAACUAUCGUCAAUUAACGGAGUAUUCAAUUGUGAUAAUGCUAUUCCUAUUCUAUCGUCAGUUGUUGUAUUACUGCUAAUAUUAGUAGUUAUAUUAUUCUACUAUAUAAGCAAAUUACGACGCAGACCAAGAAUAAGAAAGCGAUUUAUAGUGAGCAAAGAAGGAACAACUCCUUUAACUAGUAGACCACAAAUUUCGAAUACUCAAUGCGAAAUUACAAUAGAAAAUUGUUGUAACAUGAAUAUCUGUGAAACACCAUGUUUUGAGCCGAAAUUAAGGAACACAUCUCAAAAUUCGAAAAAAGAAGAAAAAAAAAGUCUUUUGAUUAAUAUGGAUAGUAACAAUUGCUAAUGUAUGAGUAUUGCACAAAAAGUACAAAACAUGUAAAACAUUUUAUAAUGUAAAGGAAGUUGUAAUCGCCUUUCUACCAACAGAGUUUUUGUUUAGAGAAAUUUAUGAAAUAUAUACAUAUAUAUCAUUUAAUGCGAA